AUCUCUUCGACGAAACCUCUAAUUAAAAAUAAAAACAAAAAUAAAAAUAUUGCCACUUCAUCUCUAGCAUCUCAUCAUCUAUAUAAUUUAGUUUCCAUUCACAAUCUCAUUGGAGAUCAAAUUCACUCAUUCAUAACAAUGUCAUCAUCAAAAUCAUUCCUACAUUCCUUCAUCAUCUACCUUUCAACAGCAAUAAUCCUUCUCAAAAGCUUCCUCAUCAACAACAUUUUCACUCUCACUCGUUCCUCAAUCGUUUUCGCCAUAAUCGACACCUCAUUUUCAAUUUACUUCCAAUUAUGCGGCCUUACAUCGGUUACAAUCGACAUUGACGAUCAAACAACUCUCCAUUUCUGGACUUCCCGUCACCGGAAGUUUCAAAAACCUAAUUUAGUCAUGAUCCAUGGCUACGGAGGCGACGCGCGGUGGCAGUUUCUCUACCAAAUCGGGUUUCUAGCGACCAAAUUCAACCUCUACAUGCCUGAUUUAUUGUUCUUCGGUAAAUCGUAUUCAAACCGGUCUGGCCGAACCGAUGAGUUUCAGGCUAAAUGCUUGGUAGAAGGGAUGAGAAGAUUGGGUGUGGGGACGUACUCGGUGUACUCGAUUAGCUACGGAGGUUACGUGGCGUAUCGGAUGGCUGAGAUGUGCGGGAGUGAUGAGAUGGAGAAGCUGGUGAUAGUGAGCAGUGGGGUCGGGUGGAAUGAUGAGGAUGCAAAAAGGGAGAAAGUGAGGAAGAUUGGGAGAGAUCCGAAGGAACUGCUUGUACCAGAUAAUCCGAAAGAUCUACGGCUGUUAGUGAAGCUGGCAGUUUAUAAAGGGAAGCCGUUGAGAUGGAUUCCUGAUUUUAUUCUUCAGGAGUUCAUUAAUGUGAUGGGAAACAAUCAUAGGAAGGAGAAGAUUGAGCUUGUUGAGUACUUGUUGGCUAAAAAACCUGACUCGGAACUCGCCGUUCUAACUCAGGAAACACUGCUAGUAUGGGGUGAUCAGGACGAUGUUUUCCCAGUAAGUUUAGCCUAUCAACUGCAGAGGCAUUUGGGAUCAAAAUCAAGAGUAGAAAUAAUGAAGGACAUAGGACAUGCUGUAAAUGUUGAAUCGCCUCAUGCUUUGAAUAGGAUAAUUACAUCUUUUAUUUAACUAUAAAAUUCACACUCAAGUUGUUUGUAAUUUUCUUCAAGCAUGUAAUUUGGCAUGCUGAAAGUCACAUAUCAUUAUACUUAUAGAAAUUGUUAUUCAAAAACUAUUAAAUUAAGACUCAACAUUAAUUAUAA